CUGUGGUCCGCACUCGGCAGUAGGACAGUUGGAGCUGUGUCCUGGAGCUGCGGAGAUGGGCUGAGACACGGACGACAGACUCGAUCAAACUGGAUCCGUGGCCGCUUUACGAGGCAGUUACAGGAGACACAACUUAAGGUCCGUUUUACCUGGCACAGUGAGCAUCCUCAUUGUGCCACCCGGGGAGGAAUUCUUCGCAGCGCCGCUUGCCCCCGCUCCUCUUUUCUCCGCUCCCGGCCACAGCAGGCCAGGGAAUGUCCCGGCAGUGAGAUGCCUUAUGUGGAUCGAAAGAACCGCAUCUGUGGCUUUCUGGACAUCGAGGAGAAUGAGAGCAGUGGCAAGUUCCUGCGCCGUUACUUCAUACUGGACACGCAGCAGGGGAGCCUGGUGUGGUUCAUGGACAACCCUCAGAACCUACCAAUUGGUACAGACUGUGUUGGGUCUCUGAAGCUCACCUACAUCUCUAAGGUCAGCGAUGCCACUAAACUACGACCUAAAGCAGAGUUUUGCUUUGUCAUCAAUGCUGGGAUGAGGAAGUUCUUCCUGCAGGCCAAUGAUCAGCAGGACCUUGUGGACUGGGUGGACGCUCUCAAUAAAGCCACCAAGAUCACGGUGCCAAAGUUGUCUGACAGCCAGCAGAACUCAGAAAACCAGAAGGCUUUACCAGAUGUCGUAGGGCCCAAAAAACAAGUCUCCUAUAAAACAGAAAUAAUUGGAGGAGUGCCCAUUGUUACCCAGACACAGCAUGAAGGCAGCGAUGGUGCAGACAGAGUGGAGCGUGACGCCAUGCAGCGCUCUCACAGCCAGCUGCCGUACUUUCUGGGCAGGCCGACUCAGGAGCACACUGUCAUCAAGUCAGGCUACUGUGUCAAGCAAGGAGCCGUGAUGAGGAACUGGAAGCGGCGUUAUUUCCUGCUGGAAGAAAACUCUAUGAGUUACUUCAAGUCCGAUUUGGAGAAAGAGCCUCUGAGAAUGAUCCCACUAAAAGAAGUUCACAAAGUCCAGGAGUGCAAACAGAGUGACAUUAUGAUGAGAGAUAAUCUGUUUGAAGUCGUCACCACAUCAAGAACAUUUUACAUACAGGCGGACAGUCCAGAGGAGAUGCACAGCUGGAUCAAGGCUGUUUCAGGGGCCAUUGUGGCCCAGCGGGGGCCCGGGAGGUCUGCUGCUACAAUGCGGCAGGCCAGACGGCUGUCGAACCCUUGUAUACAGAGGUAUACAUCCCGAAUCGGGGAGUGCAGCAGCACGUAUGACCACGGCAGCCGCUCCACUUUCUACCGCAGCCCCGCGGGUCCCCCCGUCCCUCGCUCGCCCAUAUCUGCCAUGCCACCAUGCUACCCAGAGUGGGGCGCUGCUGUCACGUGCGGCCCACGCCCGCAGCCUGGCGUGGGACAGCGAGCACUUCAUGAGCCUGCUGCCACGCCCCAGUCGCAGCCACACGCCAGUCCGCCUGUCCCUGCAGGAGACCCGGCUGGCAAAGUGAGCCGCCAGCCCCCCGCCACGCCCGCCACUAACUCUGAGGAGUCGCCGUGGCGACGGCGGAGCAGCUUUGAGCCCCACAUGCCCGAAACCCCCAUGGACCUAGAUGACGCUGAUCUACCAGUGAGCGAGGUCUGA